AUGAUUGAAAACGCGGUCCAGCCCUCCUCUGCUGCCGGACAUGCUUUUGUCCUCCUGCCCCGCUUACCCGUUGUUGCAGUAAUACAGAUGGAUCGUAGCAGAGAGGCAGAAAUGGAGCUACGGAGGUCCUCCAGCCCUGGCAAGCUAAGCAAGAAUGAUGUGGAUUCUGAUAAGACCAUGUGCCACAGCUGUUGCAUCUGCGGUAAAAGUUUCCCUUUUCAGAGCUCCCUGUCGCAGCACAUGAGGAAGCACACGGGUGAGAAGCCCUACAAAUGCCCUUACUGUGAUCACAGAGCUUCCCAAAAGGGCAACCUGAAGAUUCACAUCCGUAGUCACAGGACAGGCACUUUAAGUCAGGGGCAUGAGGCAGAGAUGGGAGAGGCACAGCUGGGGGAGAUGGGCGUUUCAGAGGGCCUUGGCGGGUGCACUAGCCCCACUAAAAGUACGUCUGCCUGCAACAAGAUCUUGAACGGUACCGCUCAGGUUGAUAGCAGCAAGAUCUUGUUGAGAAGCAGCAAGAAGGAGGUCAUAGAGGCAGUGCCAGCCGAGGAGGAUGUCAAGCUGGCCUCUUACCAGUGCACUUUCUGCAAAAACAAAUUUGAAAGGAAGAAGGACCUGGAGCAGCACCUGCACCAGGUCCACAAACCAUUCAAGUGCAGGUUGUGCAGCUACAUGACCCUGAGGGAGGAGACGCUGUUAAACCACGUAGAGAAGGACCAUAUAACAGCUCAGGUCCCCAAUGGGGAGGCCUACGCUGAGAACUGCAAGAGCGAGUUGAGUGCGGGCGAGUUUCCAUGUGAAGUCUGCGGUCAGGCCUUUAGUCAAACCUGGUUCCUGAAAGCUCACAUGAAAAAGCACAGGGGCUCAUUUGAUCAUGGGUGCCAUAUUUGUGGCAGGAGAUUCAAAGAGCCCUGGUUUCUCAAAAACCACAUGAAGUCGCAUGGUCCCAGGUCCGGGAGCAAAAACAAACCAAAAAAUGAUUUGGAGCUCAUAGCCACUAUCAAUGAUGUGAUACAAGAGGAGACAAUUGUGACAGGCCUGUCUCUGUAUGAAGUUUGCACCAAGUGCGGAAAUCUGUUUACAAAUAUGGAAAGCCUGAAAGUGCAUAAUGCUGUUCACUACAGGGUGCAGCCAGGCAGCACCGGGGAUAAAGCUGAGGGCUUGACUGAUGGGAGCCUGAGCUCCUCAGUAACGAAGCAGUUUUUCUUGCAAUGUCUCAAUCUAAGGCCAUCUGUAGGGCUGGAUAGAGUUACAAGAGGACAGCCUGGGAAAAGAGUAGCUGAGCUGGAUCCGGUCAGUAGCUACCAAGCUUGGCAGCUGGCCACCAAAGGAAAAGUAGUAGAGCCCUCAGAGUAUGUGAAGUAUGUGGGAUGGGAUGAGGCCCUGGCAGAUGCAGACGUGACUUACGACAAGGAUAAGAGGGAGUAUAUCCUUGUCAACCAGGAGAAGCGCAAACGAGACCAGGACUCACCCAGCAACCCCAAGAAGAAGAGCUGCACCAGUGGGCGCCCUGAGAAAACCAGCAGUGCCCCACUGGGAGAAAGCUGCCCGCUCUCCCAGGGGGAUCUGGACUACCGCCCUGCCUCGCGGCAGAGCCGAAGGGCCACCCAGAACAAGUCCACUGAGUGCUUUGAGUGUGGGAAGAUCUUCCGCACCUACCACCAAAUGGUGCUGCACUCCCGGGUGCACCGCAAGGAGCGGAGGAACUGCAGUGAGGGUGGGACAACUGCCCAGCCUGACCGCUACGGCUCCAGCAGUGAGGAGGGUGACUCGGGGUCUGUCAGUGGGCCCAGCACCCCCGGCUCUGCAUCUGCCCCAGAGGACUCAGCUACCUCCGGCCUGGGGGAAGAGGGGGCUGAAGAGAGCUCAGAGGAGGGAGCAGCCAACCGCUUGCUAGGUAAGAUUGCUCCCAGCCUUGCCCUGCUCGUUGUUGCUGGUCCCUGUGUCUCCUGGUGUGGGACACAGUGA